AUGUCUGCCGUCUCAUUAAUGCCUCGCUGGCCUGGCCGUGGGGCGCGGAAAAACUCUUCCGAGCAUCAUGCGCACGUUGCACCUGUGAUCGGGCUAUCAUAUCAUAAAUGUGGCCAAGUUCUCGAUGAGCCUCGACAGUGUCUCAUCCAAUGUCUCUUAAGACAGUCACAUUCUGUUGGCAAGCUAUCAGAAAAGUCAGGGACGGAUUGGAGACGGACAACAAUCGGUAAAUAUCUGGACAAAGACCGAACUGGUGAUGCCCAGCCACUUGUGAAACUCGCUGUUCGGAUUUUCUCGCUUGUACCUAUUUCGAUGGCUGACGAGCGGACUGGCUCGACGUUCACUUGGGUCAACUCACCACUCCGCAGUCGGCAGCAGGUGAAUCACCAACAAGGAUUUGGCACCCUGUAAGGAACACCAUAACUCUUCUGCCAGCAAGCACCUUGCUGCAAGAGAGGGUCUUGACUGAGGCAGACUGGACCAUGUAGGGGUUGUAGGGGCUGGUAGAGUAUACAGUAAUAGAUCUGCUUGUGAUUCAACGAAAUCUUUACAGAGCGCACCAGAAAUUGCGAAAUAGUCUGUGCAUUGUAGAAGGAGUCGGAGUCAAGGACAAACGUGGCCGAGUCGUGCCUUGUGCUUUUCGAAUGUGCGCGAUUUAGUAGGUUGGCAUGAUUGCGUACGGAAGAAAAAUUAUGGGGUGGAUGACUU